GCCUGUCACCUCUGUAUUGUGCCUGUCACUUCUGUCGUUAAGUACAGAGAGGUCGUAGUCUCAAGCAGGUAGAUCAUUAAAUGGUUUUGAAGAGUUCGCUAGCGUAAUUCACACUUUUGGGGUCAUGAUGGAGUUUGAGGAUGGAAAACCAUUGUACGAGCGGAGAUUUGAUGCCGCUGUCAAAGUGAUACAAAGCUUGCCUCCAGACGGUUCCUUUCAGCCCUCCAAUGACAUGAUGCUCAAGUUUUACAGUCACUACAAACAGUCCACACUAGGACCCUGCAACACACCCAGACCUGGUUUCUGGGACCCCAUGGGCAAAGUCAAAUGGGAUGCAUGGAAUGAUCUGGGAGAAAUGCCCAAGGAAGAGGCAAUGAUUGCUUAUGUUGAUGAAUUGAAGCUGAUCCUUGAGGGCAUGCCCUGUACAACUGAGGUAGAGCAGCUGCUGCUGGUGUUGGGCCCCUUCUAUGAGCAGGUGCUCGAGAAAAAACACAUAAAUCAGGUUUCCGACCUGUCUGCAGGUUUUGGGACCAUGAUUACGUCAGCACCUCCAAAAAGUGUCACAAGGAGCAUCAUUAGGACAAUGGAAAUGAAUGGCACUUUGGAGACACGGCCACCCAGGCCGGCGGGUGAGCCUCCAAAGCCCAAAGUCAUGGCAGUGAAAGAGCAGGGGGAGGAAGAAGAGGAGUUUGAGUUUGAUGAGGAAGAUGAAGAAGAAAUUGCUGAGAUCAAGGAGGUGAAAAAAGCAAAUGAAAAGUCGAAGAAAAAGGGCUCAUCCAGGAGACCUAAAGUCCCCCUGUCCGAAGGUAAUGUGAGGAACGGGAUGAGCCACUUUUCUAAUGGGACCCACACCUCCAAGGCUGCGCUGAACAGUGAGGACUCAGAGGAGGGCCUCUUGAACAGCACCCUGCCCCUGGAGCCUCAUGUCCAGGUGAACGGCCACCACGCAGAUCUGGAUGCAUCCUGGCCCCGUCAUGUGGCCAGUGACUCAGACAGCGAGGUCUACUGUGACUCUAUGGACCAGUUUGGCCUGGAAGAGGGCUCUGAGGCACACACUGACCGCUGUCUGGAGCUGGAUGAGGAAGAGCAGGGGGAGAGCCACAGCCCUCUGUCCGAUCAGGAGGGGCCCGCCGAGGCACCGUGUGGGACCCCUGAGGACUCCCAGGGGCCACCCAAGGGAAUCCAGUGUGGUGGGGAGGAUGGGGAGACGAGUGGAGGGGCCUCUCAGAGACAAAUACAGAAUACAGAUAGGGUCGAUAGGAGAGAACGAGGCUCCAGGUCUUCAGGGCACGGUGUGGAGGCCCAGGGGCCCUUGCAGGGUAGCGGAGGGGACGGGGAGCGAUGGGGUGGAGCGGGGGCAACAGGAGGCAGUCUGAAUGAGCAGAUCGUAGUGGCACUGGCCAGACUGCAGGAGGACAUGCAGAGUGUCCUGGAGAGAUUGCACACACUUGAGGCCCUCACUGCAUCCCAGUCGUUGGCUCUACCAUACCCACCAUCACCUCUGGCAAAGAAGGGAAGUAAGAAACCAUCCUGGUGGCCUUUUGACGUGUCUCCUAGCGCUGUUGCCUUUGCUGUGGCAUGGCCAUUUGUGGUGCAGUGGCUUAUCCGUCUAUAUCUUCAACGUAAGAAAAGACGAAUCAACUGAAAAGUCUCCCGUCCCAAAGACACAGAGCGACGAUGAGAGCCCUCUCAACAGUCUCUGGUUGGGUAACGGCCGUAGCCUCCCUUCCGCUUUCCCACCCACACCUCUAUAACUCUGGCUUUUGCACUAUGAAGAUGGCACUAGGAGUAGUGAGUUGGGGGAAGCCUCCGAACCCACUGAGUAGUGAGUUGGGGGAAGCCUCCGAACCCACUGAGUAGUGAGUUGGGGGAAGCCUCCGAACCCACUGAGUAGUGAGUUGGGGGAAGCCUCCGAACCCACUGAGUAGUGAAUUGGGGGAAGCCUCCGAACCCACUGAGUAGUGAGUUGGGGGAAGCCUCCGAACCCACUGAGUAGUGAGUUGGGGGAAGCCUCCGAACCCACUGAGUAGUGAAUUGGGGGAAGCCUCCGAACCCACUGAGUAGUGAGUUGGGGGAAGCCUCACAACCCACUGAGUAGUGAGUUGGGGGAAGCCUCACAACCCACUGAGUAGUGAGUUGGGGGAAGCCUCCGAACCCACUGAGUAGUGAGUUUGGGGAAGCCUCCGAACCCACUGAGUAGUGAGUUGGGGGAAGCCUCCGAACCCACUGAGUAGUGAGUUUGGGGAAGCCUCCGAACCCACUGAGUAGUGAGUUGGGGGAAGCCUCACAACCCACUGACAUUACAAUUUGAAAUCAAAGAGAAAUGUGAAUGAAUUGAACUGCAGCUUUUAUAAUCAUGCAAGAUUAUACAACUACUGUACUACAUUAGUACUUUUUUUUGCUCUGAAGAAAUGACGAUGAUUUAACUUGGGCGGGUAAAGUUAUUGGUUGUGUAUGUUGAGUAUAGCUUAUUUUCUUGCAAAUAUUCCGUACAUCUUACGGCACGGAUCGGCAACUUUGAUGGGGGUGUGUUCCAAGAAGAAGACAAAAAAAAAACGAAACUCCUCUUUUUAGCGGUUCUUCUCCUGACAGCGAAGAAGGGAAAAAAUGAUGUUUUAAACUUAAUUUCCUGCAAUUCUACAUAUUUUGCCAUGGGGCGUAAAGAAAAUGUUGCCGUUUUAAAUAUGACUGAUGAUCAGUGGGCCCCACCCCAGUUAGUGAUUUGACUAUGUUUACUACAAGUUUAGACAGCUGGCCACUAGACUAACUGACCAAUGUAAAAACAUUUAGCUGACCUGGGCUUAUUGAGUGGCUGCUGAUGCACAACAAAAACCGAAUGUCGAAAUUGCAGCUUAUGUAUUCUACUAUUCUAACUCUCUAACAUUUUCUUUUGUCGGUCAAAUUGGUCCGCCGGCCUUCAAAAGGGGGGAGGCCUGCGGGCCUUCAAAAGGGGAGAGGCCCGCGGGCCUUCAAAAGGGGGGGAGGCCCGCGGGCCUUCAAAAGGGGGGAGGCCCGCGGGCCUUCAAAAGGGAGGGAGAUGCCCGCGGGUCCGCCAGUUGCCCAUCCCUUGUCUUACAGCAUUAUAAGAACUAUCCAACUAACUUGUCCUGCAAAUGGAUAUGCUGCAACAGAAACCUUACGCCAUAUAUCAUAAUAGUUGCUCAGGCUGCUAAAAUAUGGCGAUAACGCUAGGUAGAUAAGUGUAUAUAUAUAAUAAUGUGUUUGUGGAAAGGUACAUUUAAAUUCUAAAAAUGUGUUAAUUUAUUAUUUCUAAUAUUAAAUGAAUAUGAAGACUUUAUUGUCUAGUUUUUGGUUAGGUUGUACAUUACUGCUAGGAUGUGAAUGGUUCAGAUUAAGAAUAAUUUUUUAAAUAUCGAAUCGGCUUUUAUACACUUGAUUUGUGUAUAUUUAGAAUUUCAUCAACUCAUGAUAAGGUGCCUCACCAGUGUAGCAGUGUAGCUGUGUACAGUACUUGGGGGUGGCAGGUAGCCUAGCGCUUAAGAAUGUUGUGCUAGUAACCGGAAGGUUGCUAGUUCAAAUACCCGAGCUGACUAGGUGGGGAAAAAAAGUCUGUCGAUGUGCUAUGCAUUUAACCCUAAUUGCUCUGGAUACGAGCGUCUGCUGUUUAUUUGAGUAAAACAUCUCAAACGUAAAAUUGUAGUGUUGGUCCAAAUUCUGAGAAGAAUAAAGAUGUGAAACGCUAAUUGAACACUCAAAUGUUACCACCUCAAAAGAAAGAAAAAGUUUAGUAGUGAUGAUAGAUACGUCUUUCAAAUAAAUAUAUUGUACUUUUUUUGAU